CAGUUCCCUCCCUUUCCUUUCUUCUGACAACUGAAGUCGUUUGUAGCUUAGACUCCCUGAGGCCUGACACAGCUCUUAUGUAGAGUGACAUAUUAGCUUUACUUGCACCGUCACCGUGUAUUAGGAAGAUGUACGGUACGGGUAGCAGUGCGACACAAACAAGGUAACGCGUCCCAGACAGCCACGCCCACCGAUUUGCUCUCACUGGAAGGCCUGACAUUGCCGCUUCUAGUGCGGGAGCGGUCCCAUCGGGAAGGAGCCAGCGCCUCAGACAGCAAUUUCUUAGGCUGCUGAAAAUCUAUAUCUGGAGUACUAACAGGAUGCAUGUGGCUACUGAGCUGUGCUGAGCUAUAACAGAAGUCCUCAUAUUGUGAAAGUAAAACACAUGGCAGUGCAGUAAAGAUGGCUGGCAUGAUGCCCCCUGUGAAGCUAAAAUGGCUAGAGCAUUUGAACAGCUCCUGGAUUACAGAGGACAGCGAAUCCAUUGCCACUCGGGAAGGAGUGUCACUCCUGUACGCCAAGUUGAUAAGCAACAAAGAAGUUGUCCCGUUGCCCCAACAGGUCCUGUGCUUAAAGGGACCGCAGUUGCCAGACUUUGAGAGGGAAUCUCUGUCAUGUGAUGAACAAGAUCACUACCUGGAUGCUCUGCUUAGCAGCCAGCUGGCCCUGGCUAAAGUGGUGUGUUCAGACUCACCUUUUGCUGGUGCUCUAAGAAAGAGACUCCUGGUUCUCCAAAGGGUCUUCUAUGCACUUUCCAACAAAUAUCAUGACAAGGGUAAAGUUAAGCAGCAACAGCAUUCACCAGAGAACAGCUCAGGCUCAGCAGAUACUUUAUCGAUUAGUGAGCGUCCCCGUUCAAGUACGGAUGCCCUCAUAGAGAUGGGUGUGAGGACUGGCUUGAGCUUGCUCUUUGCAUUAUUAAGGCAGAGCUGGAUGAUGCCAGUUGCUGGACCUGGUUUAAGCCUUUGCAAUGAUGUCAUCCAAACAGCUAUUGAUGUAGUAAACUCGCUUCCCCCGCUUUCCCUUGCCAAUGAAAGCAAAAUACCCCCAAUGGGACUGGAUUGCCUAUCACAGGUUACCACCUUUCUUAAAGGGGUGACUGUUCUGAAUUCUGGAGCGGACACUCUAGGUCGGCGACUGGCCUCUGAACUUCUCUUGGGUUUGGCCUCUCAGCGUGGCUCCCUCCGCUACCUCCUAGAAUGGAUCGAGAUGGCACUAGCAGCUUCAGCCCUUGUUGGUGAGACUGAUAAGAACAAGAUCUUGACAUCUCAGGAGGGUAUGAUAAGCUGUGACUGCUUCAUGAGCAUUCUCCAACAGAUGAGGAGGUCUCUGGGGUCUUCAGCUGAUCGCUCUCAGUGGAGGGAACCAACCAGGACAUCAGAUGGCUUGUGUUCUCUCUAUGAAGCUGCUUUGUGCCUGUUUGAAGAGGUCUGCCAGAUGGCUUCUGACUAUUCAAGAACAUGUGCCAGUCCGGACAGCAUCCAGACUGGGGAAAACCCAGUGGUAUCAGAGACUUGCGAGGUAUAUGUGUGGGGGAGUAAUAGCAGCCACCAGCUAGUUGAAGGAACUCAAGAAAAAAUCCUACAACCAAAACUGGCCCCUUGCUUCUCUGAUGCACAGACAAUCGAAGCUGGACAGUACUGCACUUUUGUUAUAUCGACUGAUGGCUCAGUUAGAGCCUGUGGAAAAGGUAGUUAUGGAAGACUGGGUCUAGGAGAUUCCAAUAACCAGUCUACUCUAAAAAAGCUUACCUUUGAGCCUCAUCGUUCAAUCAAGAAAGUUUCAUCUUCAAAGGGUUCAGAUGGACACACACUAGCCUUCAGCACAGAAGGAGAGGUCUUUAGUUGGGGGGAUGGUGACUAUGGCAAGCUGGGUCACGGAAAUAGUUCAACACAAAAAUAUCCAAAACUUAUUCAAGGGACUUUACAAGGAAAGGUUGUGGUGUGUGUGUCAGCUGGAUACAGGCACAGUGCUGCAGUUACAGAAGAUGGAGAGCUUUAUACAUGGGGAGAAGGAGAUUUUGGAAGACUUGGUCAUGGAGACAGUAACAGCCGGAAUAUCCCAACUCUAGUAAAGGAUAUUAGUAAUGUUGGUGAGGUGUCCUGUGGAAGCUCACAUACAAUUGCCUUGUCUAAAGAUGGGAGAACUGUUUGGUCAUUUGGAGGAGGAGAUAAUGGUAAGCUGGGACAUGGAGACACUAACAGAGUAUACAAGCCCAAAGUUGUGGAAGCUUUGCAAGGAAUGUUCACUCGGAAGGUGUGUGCAGGAAGUCAGUCCUCGCUAGCCUUAACCUCUACAGGACAGGUCUACGCUUGGGGCUGUGGAGCAUGCUUAGGCUGUGGAUCUUCAGAAGCUACUGCCUUGAGGCCCAAACUUAUAGAAGAACUUGCUGCCACCAGAAUAGUGGAUAUUUCAAUAGGAGACAGCCACUGUUUAUCUUUAUCUCAUGAUAAUGAAGUGUAUGCUUGGGGCAACAAUUCGAUGGGACAGUGUGGCCAGGGCAAUUCAACUGGCCCUAUUACAAAACCCAAGAAGGUGAGCGGAUUAGAUGGAGUAGCCAUUCAACAGAUCUCAGCAGGCACUUCCCACAGCCUAGCAUGGACUGCCUUGCCAAGGGACAGACAAGUGGUGGCCUGGCACCGCCCUUACUGUGUUGAUCUGGAAGAAAGUACUUUCUUUCACUUGCGGACCUUUCUGGAAAGAUACUGUGAAAAAAUAAAUAGUGAUGUUCCACCUCCUCCUUUCCCUUCUUCCAGAGACCACCAUGGAUUUUUAAAACUCUGUUUAAAAAUGCUGUCCAACCAUCUGGCCCUGGCAUUAGCUGGAGGUGUUGCUACUAGCAUUCUAGGACGACAGGCUGGACCGCUUCGAAAUCUUCUUUUUCGACUUAUGGAUGGCAGCGUCCCAGAUGAGAUCCAAGAGGUUGUCAUUGAGACCCUUUCUGUUGGAGCCACUAUGUUACUGCCCCCUCUUCGGGAGAGGAUGGAGUUAUUGCAUUCUCUGCUACCCCAGGGACCUGAUCGAUGGGAAAGUCUUUCAAAAGGCCAGAGAAUGCAACUAGAUAUCAUCCUGACCAGUUUGCAGGAUCACACACAUGUGGCAUCUUUACUGGGUUACAGUACACCAUCUGAUUCUACUGAAGUCACCUCCUUAACUAUGGCUUCUGACCCCAGUUACAGUUCACAAGGAAGCCACCCAGAUACUCACCUAGCUGAAAUUUUAAUGAAGACCCUUCUGAGGAACUUGGGUUUCUAUACGGAUCAAGCUUUUGGUGAGCUGGAGAAAAAUAGCGACAAGUUCAUUGUUGGUGCCUCCUCAUCUGAAAAUAGCCAACCAGCUCACCUCCAUGAGUUACUUUGCUCUCUGCAAAAGCAACUGCUAGCUUACUGUCACACUAACCAUAUAAAUGAGAAUUCCAGUAGUGUGGCCCUGCUCCACAAACACCUACAGCUACUGCUGCCACAUGCCAAAGACAUUUAUUCCCGUUCUGCUACACUUCUAGAGGAAAGCACUUGGAAUGGAAGUGUAGGAGAGAAAUUGCGUGAUGUAAUCUAUGUGUCAGCAGCUGGCAGUAUGCUAUGUCAGCUUGUAAAUGCAUUGCUGCUGUUGCCUGCAUCAGUGGCCAGACCUCUUCUUAGUUACUUGCUGGACUUACUGCCCCCUCUUGAUCGCCUGAACAGACUGUUACCUGCUGCUGCUUUGUUAGAGGACCAAGAACUGCAGUGGCCACUUCAUGGGGGACCAGAACACAUUGAUCCUGCUGGAAUAUCUUUGCCUGCACCUGCUCAAUCAUGGGUCUGGCUUGUGGAUUUAGAAAGGACGGUUGCACUGCUUAUUGGAAGAUGUUUAGGUGGAAUGUUACAGGGUUCUCCUGCUUCCCAAGAGGAGCAAGAUACAAACUACUGGUUAAAAACACCUUUGUUUGGAAAUGGAGUAGAAAUGGAAGUUCCUCAACUAGACAAAUGUAUGAGCGCUCUGCUUGAAGUGGCAUUUUCUGGUAAUGAGGAGCAGAAAACCUUUGAUUACAAGUUGAGACCGGAGGUUUCUAUUCUGGUGGAUUUGGCAGUUGGGUCCACCAAGGAGCCAGCACAAAGCUCGUGGAUCAGUAUGCAAGAUUAUGCCAUUAGCAAAGAUUGGGACAGCGCCACUGUUAGUAAUGAAUCUCUUCUGGACACAGUGUCUCGCUUUGUCCUUGCAGCCCUAUUGAAGCACACUGGGUUACUUACACAGGCCAGUGGUGAAAGCCGAUAUCAGCCUGAGAAGUCCCUGGCUGAGGUUUACCGCAAUGUAUACAAGGUACGGAGUCGCCUUCUGGCGUGCAAGAACAUGGAGCUGAUACAGACUUCCUCAUCUAGAGAGAGAUGGGUUUCUGAGAAUCAGGAGUCUGGAGAGCUGGGUUCUCAAGAAAAUUCCUUCACCAGAACUAUUGAUGAGGAAGCUGAGAUGGAAGAGCAGGCAGAUCGGGAUAGGGAAGAGGGCCACACUGAGCAAGAAGAUAAUGAUGAAGAAAGAGCGCAUGAAAUCCUUACUGCAGGCAAAAUAUUUCAAUGUUUCCUAUCAGCCCGUGAUGUGGCACGCCACCGGGAGCGCGACAGAAUGAGCCCGAGUUCAGCUGUUGACUCUGUGCCUGGAUUGCGGGCAGAUGAACAACCUCCGCAACUGAUCCAAGGAAGGAGGGACAGCAGACACCUGACAGAAGGGCAGGACUUGUAUACUGGAGCCUGUAACUCAGUGAUUCACCGCUGUGCCCUCCUCCUGCUGGGGGUCAGUCCUGUUAUUUAUCAUUUAGACGAUACAAAAGAGGAUGGUCAUGAGCAGACAGUACCAGGAUGCUCUCAGGAAGGGACUUCAGCAAUGACAAGGAGUGAGAGUCUUACAGCAGAGAGAAGAUCAGUACAUAUGCACCCCAACUACAAGCUUAUCAAAUCUAGAAGCGAGUCUGACUUGUCCCAGCCUGAAUCUGACGAUGAAGGAUAUUUACUAAGCGGGAGGCAGAAUACAGAUUCUGAUCUGACAUCUCACAGAAAAAGAGGCUCACCAACAGACCAGCCUACCAGUGAUUCAUGGACCCGUCUAAAGCAUACCAGGGAAUGGUCCUUCGGUUCAACAUGUGGCUUUGAUGCAGAUGUGGAGUCUGGCAAGAUCUUGAAUGUCCAUACAUUAGUUGAUAAUGUACUUAGCUUUGUAAGUGGAGAUAUAGGCAGCUCACCUGGCUUCAAAGAGCCUGAAGAAGGAAUGUCCAGCUCUCCACAGGCCUGCGUUGUUGCCAUGGAGCAACAGCAGCUUCGUGCAGAGUUACGUCUUGAAGCUCUGCACCAGAUUUUGGUGCUGUUGUCUGGCAUGGAAGAGAAGGAGAAUGUGCAGUCUCUGGGCAAUCGUCAGGCACCUGCUCCUUUCCAGUCGUCGUCUCUGCUCACAUCUGUCAGGCUGCAGUUUUUAGCUGGCUGCUUUGGACUUGGUACUGUGGGUCAUACAGGUGCCAAAGGAGACAGUGUUCAUUUACAUCACUAUCAGGACGGAAUACGUGCUUCAAAAAACAGUAUCCAGAAGGAGAUCCAGAAGGCAGUGCAUAAAAUCUAUCAGCAACUUUCUGCCACCUUAGACAGAGCUUUGCAGGCCAACAAACACCAUGUGGAAGCCCAGCAACGGCUGCUGUUGGUGACAGUGUUUGCUCUCAGUGUCCGGUACCAACCAGUGGAUGUUUCGCUUGCAAUUUCUACUGGGCUUUUAAGUGUUCUAUCCCAGCUUUGUGGGACAGAUACUAUGCUAGGACAACCCCUCCAACUGCUUCCAAAAUCUGGAGUUUCUCAGCUUAGCACUGCGCUUAAAGUAGCUAGUACCAGGCUGCUCCAGAUUCUUGCAAUAACCACUGGGACAUAUGCAGAUAAGCUGAGCCCCAAGGUAGUGCAAUCUCUACUGGAUCUUCUUUGCAGCCAACUGAAGAACCUGCUUGCUGAAGCAGGGGUCACACUCGUGUCAUCAUGUAAUGCUGACGAGGAAGGAGACAAGAAAGCAGAUUUGACUGGGGAGACUGAUAGAAAAGACUUUAGAGCUUCGCUUCGGAAACAGCGCACUGCUGAACUUCAUCUAGGUGACUUCUUAGUCUUUCUACGCAGAGUGGUGUCAUCUAAAGCCAUCCAGUCAAAAAUGGCAUCUCCCAAGUGGACAGAGGUGCUGUUGAACAUUGCAUCCCAGAAAUGCAGUUCAGGACUUCCUUUAGUAGGCAACUUGAGAACUAGACUCCUGGCAUUGCAUGUGUUGGAGGCUGUGCUACCUUCCUGUGAUGCUAAUGUGGAAGAUGAUCAAAUGGCCCAGGUGGUGGAACGUUUAUUUUCGCUUUUGUCAGACUGUAUGUGGGAUGCUCCCAUUGCUCAAGCAAAGCACAGCAUUCAAGAAAGGGAGAAGGAGCAAGAGUCCAAGCUAAAUAAAACUGGGGAACUGGAAGAAGAGGAAGAGGAUCUACCUAUACAGGAAGUCUCAUUUGAUCCAGAAAAAGUCCAGUGUUGUCUUGUGGAAAACGGACAAACUCUGACCCAUGGAAGUGGUGGUAAAGGGUAUGGCUUGGCAUCUACAGGGGUGACCUCAGGAUGCUAUCAGUGGAAGUUUUAUAUUGUGAAAGAAAAUCGUGGUAAUGAAGGAACAUGCGUGGGUGUCUCUCGCUGGCCAGUACAUGAUUUUAACCAUCGUACUACGUCAGACAUGUGGCUUUAUAGGGCUUAUAGUGGGAACCUCUAUCACAAUGGAGAACAGACACUGACACUUCCCAGCUUUACACAGGGAGAUUUUAUAACUUGUGUUUUAGAUAUGGAGGCACGGACAGUGUCCUUUGGCAAAAAUGGAGAGGAACCAAAACUGGCUUUUGAAGAUGUGGAUGCAGGUGAAUUGUACCCAUGUGUUAUGUUUUAUAGCAGCAAUCCGGGAGAGAAGGUAAAAAUCUGUGACAUGCAAAUGAGAGGAACCCCAAGAGAUUUGCUCCCCGGUGACCCUAUCUGUAGCCCUGUUGCUACUGUCCUUGCUGAGUCAAGUGUGCAGCUCCUACGGAUUCUACACCGCACUGAGCGCUGGACUCAUUGCAUUAAUAAAAAAAUUAUAGAACGUCUUCAGAAGAUUAAAGGUUGUCUGCGGGAAGCAGGGGGCAAACUAAAAAAGAGUAGAUCAGUGCAGAGUCGUGAAGAGCAUGAAACACGCGAUGACCGAGAAGAGGAUAAAGGGAAGCAUGGAAAGCAUGGACUCGCUGAUCUGGGAGAACAACAGCUAAGGACUUUAUGUGUGGAGGUGUGGCCAGUUCUUGCUGUCAUUGGCGGGGUAGAUACAGGAUUAAGGGUGGGUGGGCGAUGUGUACACAAACAAACUGGUCGACAUGCUACAUUACUUGGUGUAGUGAAGGAAGGCAGCACAUCUGCAAAAGUGCAGUGGGAUGAAGCAGAGAUUACUAUCAGCUUCCCAACUUUUUGGUCGCCUAGUGACACGCCUCUCUACAACCUGGAGCCCUGCGACCCCCCACCAUUUGAUGUGACUCGUUUCCGUGGACUUACAGCAUCUGCGUUACUUGACCUCACAUAUCUUACUGGCAUCCAUGAAGAGCCAGGAAAGGUGUGUGCCAAGAGACAUGAGAAGAAACAUCGCCACGAGUCAGAAGAGAAAGGUGACAUAGAACAGAGAGGAGAUGCUGACAUCACCACAGAGGUACGAAUAACGGAAGACACCAAAUCCAAUAGCAUAGUUCCUAAAUUAGAAAAUGAGUCAGGGCCACCUUUGGGAGAAACCACACAGGUUGAUAUUCAGCAUCAUUCUACUGAUGGAAAAAGGAAGAGCCAUGAUCACAUCCCACGAAGCCACGAUGUUGCCCAAUCCGAGAUUAGGGCAGUUCAACUGUCCUAUAUUAACCUGGGAGCCAUGAAGUCUUUAGGAACUCUACUGAGUUGCAGCAAGUAUGCAGAACUUCUACUUAUCCCAAAAGUGCUUGCUGAUAAUGGCCAUAAUUCUGAUUGUGCCAGUUCCCCUGUGGUGCAUGAGGAUGUUGAAAUCAGGGCUGCACUGCAGUUCCUUAUGCGCCAUAUGGUGAAGAGAGCUGUCAUGCGCUCACCAAUAAAGAGAGCUCUUGGACUUGCUGAUUUGGAGAGGGCACAAGCCAUGAUUUACAAGCUGGUCGUUCAUGGGCUACUUGAAGAGCAGUUUGGCAGCCGAUUUAAACAAGAUUUAGAGCAGCCGGCAGAGGAAACCGACCAAGCUCAACAGGCUCAGACCCCAGUUACCACCAGCCCCUCGGCCUCUAGCACUACCUCCUUUAUGAGCAGUUCCCUGGAGGACACCACUACAGCUACAACUCCAGUCACAGACACUGAGACAGUCCCAGCCUCUGAGUCACCUGGAGUAAUGCCGUUAAGCUUGUUGAGGCAAAUGUUUUCAAGUUAUCCUACCACCACUAUUUUACCAACUCGUCGAGCCCAGACUCCUCCUAUCACAUCACUUCCAACAUCCCCCACUGAUGAGGUUGGUAGAAGACAGAGUCUGACAUCCCCUGACUCCCAACCAACAAGACACACAAACCGUGCAGCUCUCUCCGAUCCCAGUAGUCGACUUUCUACCUCUCCUCCUCCUCCUCCAGCUGUGGUUGUACCGCUUCUAGAAAUGGGUUUCUCCAUCAGACAGAUCAAAAAGGCCAUGGAAGCAACAGGUGCUAGAGAGGCUGACCCUCAAAACAUUACUGUAUUGGCUAUGUGGAUGAUAGAGCAUCCUGAUGAUGAAGAGAGAUUCUCAGGUCGGACAACUGAGCAAUGCCAGGGAGCUAUCAGCACAGCACAUGGUGGCAAAUCUAGCGAUACAGCCUACACUGGAGAUAUUUCCUCUUCAGAUCCCCCUGAGUUGGAAGAAUGCUUUUGUGGGAGCCCUGACAGCCUCGAGCACACAGAAAAUGCAGGAGCAAGUAGUGGGCAAUCAAGCAGGGGCAGGUCUACUGUCACCAGAAGGCAGAAGUUCGACCUGGCAGCAAGAACACUGCUUGCACGUGCUGCUGGUUUGUACCGUACAGUCCAAGCACACCGAAAUCAAGGCAGGCGAGAAGGUGUAUCCCUGCAGCAGGAACCUGGAGCCUUAUAUGACCUUAAUCUAGAUGAGGAGUUGGAGAUUGACCUUGAUGAAGAGGCAAUGGAAGCGAUGUUUGGACAGGACUUGGCCAGUGAUAAUGAUAUUCUGGGAAUGUGGAUCCCAGAGGUACUGGACUGGCCAACUUGGCAUGUAUGCGAGACAGAUGAUCGGGAAGAGGUUGUUAUCUGUGAACUGUGUGAAGCCAGUGUUCUUAGCUUUAACCAACACAUGAAGAGGUAUCAUCCAGGCUGCGGGAACAGUGCUAACCGGCAGGGAUAUCGUAGCAAUGGCUCCUAUGUGGAUGGCUGGUUUGGAGGGGAAUGUGGAAGUGGAAACCCAUACUACCUACUUUGUAACAGCUGCAGGGAAAAAUAUCUGAGUCUAAAGAGCAAACGUAAAGCAACAGCUUCAGAAAAGUACAAAGGACAUGCUCCAGAUCUGAUUGGCAAACAAGACAGUGUAUAUGAAGAAGAUUGGGAUAUGAUGGAUGUUGAUGAGGAUGAAAAGCUUACUGGUGAGGAAGAGUUUGAGCUGCUGGCUGGGCCACUUGGGCUUAAUGAGCGUAGGAUAGUGCCUGAGCCAGUCCAGUUCUCUGACAGUGAUCCUCUUGGUGCUUCUGUUGCCAUGGUAACCGCUACCAAUAGCAUGGAGGAAACCCUCAUGCAAAUCGGUUGCCAUGGGACUUUGGAAAAGAGUUCAUCUGGAAGGAUAACAUUGGGGGAGCAGGCUGCUGCUCUAGUAAAUCCACAUGACCGGGUAAUGGCUUUGCGAAGGGUAAUUGCAGCUGCCCAGGUUCUUUUGGCACGUACAAUGGUGAUGCGUGCACUUUCUCUUCUAUCUGUCAGCGGGUCAAGCUGUAGCCUAGCUGCAGGCCUCGAGUCUCUAGGUCUAACAGACAUCCGCACUUUAGUUCGUCUAAUGUGCUUGGCUGCUGCAGGCAGAGCUGGCCUCUCUACAAGCCUCUCUACCACACUUUCAACUUCAUCUGAGCGCUCUCGAGGUCUACACAGCAAAACCAGCAAACCCAUCUCCUGCCUUGCAUACCUUAGCACAGCUGUAGGGUGUCUAGCAUCCAGCACCCCAAGUGCUGCCAGGCUUCUGGUUCAACUCUGUACCCAGAAUUUGAUUUCUGCAGCUACAGGUGUAAAUUUGACCACUGUUGACGACCCAGUGCAGAGGAAAUUUCUACCUAGUUUUCUACGUGGAAUUGCUGAAGAAAACAAACUUGUUACAUCCCCUAACUUUGUGGUAACUCAAGCUCUGGUAGCUUUGCUUGCAGACAAAGGUGCAAAGCUUCGCCCCAACUAUGAUAAAGCAGAAAUGGAGAAGAGAGGUCCUUUGGAGCUAGCCAACGCAUUAGGUGCCUGUUGUCUGUCUUCACGCCUUUCCUCACAACACCGACAAUGGGCUGCCCAGCAGCUGGUCCGAACUUUGGCAGCGCAUGACCGUGACAACCAGACUGCUCCACAGACUCUUGCAGACAUGGCAGGAGACCUUAGAAAGUGUUCUUUCACCAAACUGGAAGCACAUCAGAAUAGGGUAAUGGCGUCUGUGUGGUGUGCCAAGAAGGAUCUUUUAGCCACAAGUGGGAGUGAUGGGACUGUUCGAGUUUGGAAUGUAUCUAGAACCCAAUAUUCGCUACAGCAGACGUGUGUCUUUCACAAAAUGGAGGGAUCACCUGAAGAGACCGACCCUAGUUUAUCACUCAUUUGCUGGAGUGUCAGUGGAAGGUAUCUGGCUGGUGCACAGGAGAAGACCGUAAACAUCUGGCAGGUCAAUGGAGGAAAAGGUCUAGUGGAUGCACAGCCUCACUGGGUUUCAGCCCUCACAUGGCCAGAGGAGAAUUCUGGGACUGCGUGGGCCAGUGAUGCUCCUGAAUCCUUGCUGGUAGGAAGAAUGGAUGGUUCUCUGGGGCUCAUUGAGGUUACAGAUGCAUCAAGCAUGCAACGAGUAGAACUGGAGCACUGCUACAGAAAAGAAGUUGCAGUUACCUGCAUUGCUUGGUAUAGUGAAGAUCGUUCGUUUGCAGUUGGGUAUUCUGAUGGGAAGUUACUAAUUGGAAAUCGAGACAUAGUGGAAAAAGGAGGAGUUGUUAUUAUUGAUGCACACAAAGACAUGAUUGUAAGCAUGAAAUGGGAUCCAUCAGGCCAGAUUCUUCUGACCUGUGCAAAAGAAGAAACUGUGAAACUUUGGGGAAAAUCAGGAAUUAGCUGGAAGACCCUCUACUUCCUCUCUCACCCAUCCUUUGUUAACACUGCUGCCUGGUGUAGUCUUACUGGAAAUGGGGAAAGGCCACAACUCAUGCUAGGAACGGGUUGUCAAAGCGGUUUAGUGUGUGUGUGGAUUGUUCCCCAAAUUCCACUGGAAGGAGUUCAGUCCAAAUCAUCUGCACCUGAUGACUGGAGAGAGCAGGCCAUCAGUAAGGAGAUGUUCAGAAAAGUGGAAGAUGUGCGAUGUGUUUUUAAGUUAAGAGGUCACAUCACACCUGUGCGCACGGUGGCAUUCAGUCAUGAUGGGCUUGCCCUGGUCUCUGGAGGGCUUGGAGGACUUUUGAAUAUUUGGUCCUUAAGGGAUGGCUCAGUCCUACAGUCUGUUGUUACUGGUUCUGGAGCUGUAACAACUACAGUUUGGAUACCUGAUGUUGGUGUUGCUGCCUGUUCCAAUCGAUCUAAGGAUGUUUUAGUGGUGAAUUUCACGCCAGAAUGGAUGUCCUCUAAUCAUGUUUUAGCAACAUGCAGAACAGCACUGAAGCAGCAAGGAAUAGUCGGACUGAACAUGGCCCCCUGCAUGCAAACAUUCUUGGAGCGUCUACCUGUCAUGCUUCAGGAGCAGUAUGCAUAUGAGAAGCCCCAUGUAGUAUGCGGGGAUCAGCUGGUUCACAGCCCUUACAUGCAGUGCCUAGCAUCUCUAGCUGUAGGGCUAAACCUCGACCGACUCCUCUGCAACCCCCCUGUACCUCCUCAUUAUUACCCAUCACCUCCAGACCCUGCCUCCUGGAACCCUGCAGAGUGGGUCUGGCUAGAGUGCUUCUCUACAACCAUUAAGGCUGCUGAGGCACUUGCUAGAGGAACCCACUUUCCAGAAUCAUUUACUGUUCCUGACCUGGAGCCAGUGCCUGAAGAAGAACUGAAACUUUUAAUGAAUAAUAGCAAAUGGAACAAUGGGAUAGAUGAACAGAUAAUGUCCUGGGCUUCUUCAAAACCAGAGGACUGGCAUCUUGGAGGUAAAUGUGAUGUGUUCUUGUGGGGUGCUGGAAGACAUGGACAACUGGCAGAAGCUGGCAGAAAUGUAAUGAUUCCGUCAGGUGCAGCCUCCUUUUCUCAGGCUCAACAGGUUAUUUGUGGGCAGAACUGUACUUUUGUGAUCCAGGCCAAUGGCACUGUUUUGGCAUGUGGAGAGGGUAGCUAUGGCCGCCUGGGACAGGGCAACUCUGAUGAUCUCCAUGUACUGACAGUGAUCUCAGCUUUGCAAGGAUUUGUGGUGACACAGCUGGUGACAUCUUGUGGCUCAGAUGGACAUUCAAUGGCACUUACUGAGAGCGGAGAAGUGUUCAGCUGGGGAGAUGGAGAUUACGGUAAACUGGGACAUGGAAACAGUGACCGUCAAAGAAGACCAAGACAGAUUGAAGCAUUACAGGGGGAAGAGGUGGUUCAGAUGUCUUGUGGGUUCAAGCAUUCAGCUGUUGUGACUGCAGAUGGAAAGCUGCUUACAUUUGGCAAUGGAGACUAUGGCAGGUUGGGUUUGGGAAACACGUCAAAUAAAAAGUUGCCAGAACGAGUAACCGCUUUGGAAGGAUUCAAUAUUGGACAGGUGGCUUGUGGACUGAACCACACAUUAACUGUGUCUGCUGAUGGUUCCCUUGUCUGGGCAUUUGGAGAUGGAGAUUAUGGGAAGUUGGGUUUAGGGAACUCCACAGCAAAAUCUUCACCACAGAAAGUGGAUGUUCUUUGUGGUAUUGGUAUUAAGAAGGUGGCCUGUGGGACACAGUUUUCAGUGGCACUCACUAAAGAUGGUCAUGUCUACACUUUUGGACAAGAUCGUUUGAUUGGAUUGCCUGAAGGCCGCGCUCGGAAUCACAACCGUCCUCAGUUAGUGCCAGUUCUCCUUGGCAUAUUUAUAGAUGACAUUGCAGUUGGUGCUGAACAUACUCUGGCUUUGUCAGCAAGUGGAGAAGUGUAUGCUUGGGGAAGCAAUUCAGAGGGACAGCUUGGCCUGGGUCACACCAACCAUGUUCGUGAGCCAACUCUGGUUACAGCACUACAAGGAAAGAAUGUUCGUCAAAUCUCUGCAGGGAGAUGUCACAGUACAGCUUGGACUGCUGCUCCUGUACCACCCAGAGCUCCAGGUGUGGCAGUGCCAUUACAGUUGGGUUUACCAGAUGUGAUCCCACCUCAGUACAGUUGUCUGAAAGAUAUAUGUCUACACACUGUCAGAGCAAGACUACGGCUCCUUUACCAUUUUUCAGAUCUCAUGUAUUCAUCUUGGAGGCUGCUGAAUCUCAGUCCAAAUAACCAGAGCAAUGCUUCUCAUUAUAAUGCUGGAACAUGGGGUAUUGUGCAGGGUCAGCUUAGGCCCUUGCUGGCUCCAAGAGUUUACACACUUCCUAUGGUCCGAUCUAUUGGGAAAACCAUGGUUCAGGGAAAGAAUUACGGACCUCAAAUAACAGUCAAGAGGAUUUCAACCAGGGGAAGGAAGUGUAAACCAAUAUUUGUGCAGAUUGCAAGGCAGGUGGUGAAGCUCAAUGCCUCUGAUCUGCGCCUCCCAUCCCGUGCCUGGAAGGUUAAACUGGUAGGAGAGGGUGCGGAUGACGCUGGAGGGGUGUUUGAUGACACAAUUACAGAAAUGUGUCAGGAACUGGAAACUGGAAUAGUUGAUCUCCUUAUACCAUCACCCAAUGCAACUGCUGAAGUGGGAUAUAACAGAGAUAGGUUCUUAUUUAACCCCUCAUCUGGACUGGAUGAGCACCUAAUGCAAUUCAAAUUUCUGGGAAUUCUUAUGGGAGUGGCAAUCCGCACCAAAAAACCCCUGGAUCUACACUUAGCCACACUAGUCUGGAAACAGCUGUGCUGUAUACCCCUUACUCUGGAGGAUUUGGAGGAGGUGGAUCUGCUGUAUGUGCAGACACUUAAUAGCAUUCUUCACAUUGAAGACAGUGGUAUAACUGAGGAGACUUUCCAUGAGAUGAUUCCUCUUGAUUCCUUUGUGGGUCAGAGUGCUGAUGGAAAGAUGGUGCCAAUAAUCCCUGGUGGGAAUAGCAUCCCACUGACGUUCUCCAACCGCAAGGAGUACGUGGAUCGAGCAAUAGAUUACAGGUUGCAUGAGAUGGACCGACAGGUUGCAGCAGUGCGAGAGGGUAUGUCAUGGAUCAUCCCGGUCCCUCUUCUCUCCCUACUUACUGCCCGGCAGCUGGAACAAAUGGUCUGUGGAAUGCCAGAAAUAUCUGUGGAUGUAUUGAAAAAGGUGGUGAGGUACCGUGAGGUGGAUGAACAGCACCAGCUAGUACAGUGGUUCUGGCAAACACUAGAGGAGUUCUCCAAUGAGGAGAGGGUUCUGUUCAUGAGAUUUGUCUCUGGAAGAUCCCGCCUCCCAGCCAACACUGCAGACAUCUCCCAACGCUUUCAAAUUAUGAAGGUUGAUAGGCCUCACGACAGCCUGCCUACCUCACAGACCUGUUUUUUCCAAUUGCGCCUCCCUCCGUACUCCAGCCAGCCAGUGAUGGCCGAACGUCUGCGCUAUGCAAUCAACAACUGCCGCUCCAUCGACAUGGACAACUACAUGCUGUCCCGCAACGUGGACAAUGCAGAAGGAUCUGACACGGACUACUGAAUCAUUUCCUUUAGCUAAACACCAGAGUUCUGGCUUUAAUUGGGUUUGGACAAUUUCAGGCAUUUUACCCCCAUGUAAUAUGAUUUCCUUUUAUCAACUCAAGAAAUGUUUUAUUUCAUUUUCCCCUGUGAUUGUAAAAUAAAUGGCUGUGCGCUCAACUCCCUCUCAACCGAGCCAAUAAUCAGGAGGUGCUUGGGCAGGGUCAGGGGAGAUGCUUGGUGGUUCAUAGAAACCCAACAUCGCUGCAUACUUGAAACAUUGUACAUUGGUGCACUUAUUGUUAAUCCCAAGAGGAACAUUUUACAUUAAUAUUCCUGUUUAUUUUCUUUUAAUUUGGAAAUUGCCUGUGUAGGAUAAGCAAUGCAGAAGAUGAAUAAAUUGAGCUGAAAGAGAA